UGGAGAAACGAGACUCAACAAAGAGAAAAUCCUUCAAGGGCAGGGCGUGGACGAGCCCCUCUCAGACGCCGGCCACGUGCAGGCCGCGGCGGCCGGCCGGUUCCUGAGCCGCGUGGUGUUCACACACGCCUUCUCCAGUGACCUUACCAGGACCAAGCAGACUAUUCACGGGAUUUUGCAGGAAAGCAAAUUCUGCAGACAGCUGACGGUGAAGUAUGAUCUGAGACUUCGGGAAAGGAAGUACGGGAUCGCCGAGGGCAGAGCCCUGAGUGAGCUGCGGGCCAGCAAGGCUGCUGGGGAGCAGUGCCCGGCCUUCACCCCGACGGGAGGGGAGACGCUGCACAGGUGAAAAACCCGUGGGAAGGAUUUCUUCGAGUCUCUGUGUCAGCUCAUCGGGGACGAAGCUGCCAGCAGAGGCCCGGCGCCCCCCAGCGCCCCGAGCCAGCGCCUGGAGACCUUUGCUGCAGAGCUUUUCCCUCAGGGACAAAGUGGCAGGUGGGACUCGAACUCACAGCCCGCCGGCCCGGGCCUGGCAGCCAGUGUCCUGGUGGUGACCCAUGGCGCAUACAUGAGAAACCUGUUCGAUUACUUCCUGACCGACCUCAAGUGCUCCCUGCCCCCCACCCUGGGCAAAUUCGAACUCACGUCCGUCAGCCCCAACACGGGGAUCAGCGUGUUCCUGGUGAGCUGUGAGGAAGGAGGCGGCCCCGCGCUCCAGUGUGUGUGCAUGAACCUGGUGGAGCAUCUCCACGAAGCCCCGACACCGCCUGAGGGGUGUCGGUCACCCCCAGACCCUCCCAGCCCCGGAGCGGGGAGGGAGGGGGUGGUCCCCCGGCCCGCUGUAUUUCCAGACAAGUCGAAGAACUGGCCCAUCAAACAGCAGCAUCCACCUGCCCGUGCACCUGCUGCUGCCUGUGUCUCUUAUUUCUUCGUGCCGGUCCUGGGACUCGAACUCAGGACCCCAGCCUCUUUGGCUCAAAUCUGCUCAAGGCUGGUUGGUGCGCUACCACUCGAGCCCCGGCUCCGCUUCUGGCUUUUAUCUAGCUCCUUGGAGAUGAGAGUUUUAUUUGCGGACUUCCCUGCCCAGGCUGGCCUCGAAUGGCGAUCCUCCCAUCUCAGCCUCCAGAGCAGCUGGGAUGACGGGCGUGCGCACCAGUCUCUGGUCACACUGUUUCCCAGUGUCAGGUUGUGCGCAGUUACGGCUGGGGGCCGGAGGUGGCUGGGAGACUCCAGGUCACAAGUUGGGAGUCAUGAGUUUCUGCAUCUUCUGUUUGGGUUUUUUUUUUUUUUGGGGGGGGGGGGGCGCUUGAAGACCACUCUCCGCCCAGGGCUGGACGGGCAGCUGCAGACGCGCCCAGUGCCCACCAGGUGGCGGCAGAGCACAGCCGGAGGCCCCGCGCUGCCCCCUUAG